CGACUUCCGGUUUGUUCUAUUAGCUGCCGCGGCUCGGAGAAGCGAAGAUGCGCUGGUUUCCGCUCUCCGUGUUAAUAUUAAUGGCCUGCUCGCUUUAUCGCGCCGGUGGCCAUAACAACGGAGUCAGGAAAACGAAAAUGCAGUUUGCAGCCGGUCCUCUUCUUAAAUUUCAAAUCUGUAUCUCCUGAGGCUACAAGCGGGUGUUUGAGGAGUACACGCAGGUCUUGUCCCAGCGGUACCCAGACAUCCGCAUCGAGGGGGAGAACUAUCUCCCGCUGCCUAUUUACAGGCACAUUGCUUCCUUUCUAUCCAUUUUCAAACUGUUCCUGAUUGGGCUGAUCGUCGUAGGCAAGGACCCGUUCACGUUUUUCGGCAUGGAGCCGCCAAGACUUUGGACUUGGAGUCAAGAGAAUAAGAUCUAUGCCUGCAUGAUGGUGUUCUUCUUCAGCAAUAUGCUCGAAAAUCAGUGCAUGUCGACCGGGGCUUUUGAAAUCACAUUCAACGAUGUUCCCGUGUGGUCCAAGCUGGAGUCAGGACACCUUCCCUCCAUGCAGCAGCUGGUGCAGAUCCUGGAGAACGAGAUGAAGAUGAACAUGCCCAUGGACAGACUUCCACAAUAUCACUCUUAACCCAGAGAUCCAGUUCCUUCCAAGUGUACGGUGCGACUCUCCCGCGGUCGUGAGGCGACGUUUUAUGAAGGUCUGCGCUGAAAGUAGUCCUGCUACUGGCGCAGGCUGGAUACCCCGCCCACUGCUCGCCGCCACGCCCCUCCGGAGAGGCUCCGCCCCCACAUCCUAGUCCACACACAAACCCUCCGUGGCAAUUUAUUACUACUGACUCCCACAUGCAGUGCAAUAACAGUUGACUUCAGGAUUUAUGCAUAAGCAGUAUGUUUUAAUAAGAGACAAUGUGCUCAAAUGUGCAUUUAUGUAGUUCCCUUAUCUUCCUGUAAACUUUAUAACAACCUAUGAUUAAAUAAUAUAAUGUUUAAAAAAAUUCUAACUUUCUUAACUUGCCCAAAUCAUGGUUAUUUAACAUUGUCAAUUGUUUUACUGAUCUGUUAAUUUUUUUUUUUUUUAUAUAUAUAUUUAGCUGAACAUGUUAAGGAUAAUAAAACAAAUCCUUAAAAAAAAAAUCAUGCCUCAGUGUUUUCUUUCUGAAAUUGUCCAGGUUUGUUAUGUGUCAUGAAGUUAAGUACAGAAUUUUAGCUUUAAUUGGAAAGUAUUUGCAUAUUUAUCGAAUAAAGCAUGAUAAGAAAUAUAUUCUUAAAAAAAAAAAAAAACAGCUAAAAAAACCAAAGUACUACACACCUGGCUUCUUGUACUUAAUACACAUAUCUGAUUAGUAAAGGAAUGUCAAUGUGAGAGAAAAAUGAUGACUGCAUGAUUGGAGUGUCAUGUAGCCAUUGUAACUCUUAAAACUGUAACGUUUCCCUUAUUUAACCAUUAGAAAAUCUCAAUAAUAUCAGUAAACAAUAUCUAUUUUUUUUUUUUUAACAAGGUUUCAUUUGCUGAACGGCUGCAUUUUGCUCUUGAGUAAGUAAAAAGAAUUGAGAUUUUUAGCAUUUUAGCAUAGUGAAUACACAAAAUCUGGUUAACUAACAUCCAAUUUUAAUGGUUUUCAUUUUUUAAAUUAAUGAUUUAUUUACAGUCUAUAAUCUUUAGGGUAAAAGGGUUGUACUUUCACAGGCAAUAUCACAAUUUCA